GAUAGUGCACAUCACAUGGGGGAGAGAGAAGGAGAACGACAGAAUCGUCUUCCUCUCUCUCCACACCCUUUCUGACACCUCAUCUCUCCCACCACCUUCUCCGUCCCGUUCCGUUCUCCACCAGGUCUCCCCUAAAAGAUCCUCGAUUCGGAUCCAACAGUUCCUGAGUUUCUCUGAUUCUGAUCUGAUCGGAUUCUAAAAUUGUCUCAUCGAAGAUUAGAUUAAACCGAAACCGGAAACCCGCUGAGAUUUGAUCGGCAAUUAAAUGGAUUCGACGUCUCCGGUAUUGGAUCAGGUGCUUCAGCCGACGACGAGCGCCAGCUCCGAUCGCUCUCGCCGUAAGCGGAGGAAGAAAUCGCCGCCGUCGGUAGAUUCGCCUUCGUCUCCAUCGACGUCGUUGGAGAAAUGGAGAUCGGAGAAGCAGCAACAGAUCUACUCGACGAAGCUGGUUCGUGCUCUAAGAGAGCUCCGAAUCAGUCAACCAUCGAUGUCGUCUUCGAUUCCCCGAGGAGGUCGAGCGGUACGCGAGGUCGCCGAUAGAGCCUUGGCGGUUGCGGCAAGAGGCAAGACACUGUGGAGCCGAGCGAUACUAUCCAAAGCUGUGAAACUCAAAUUCAGGAAACAGAAACGGCAGAGAAUCUCGAGUCCGACGACGUCACCGGCAAUCACCGGGAGUCUCCGGUCAAAGAAACAGAGAGCGACGGUGUUGAGGCUCAAGGCUAAAGGUUUGCCAUCUGUACAGAGGAAGGUGAAAGUGCUGAGCCGGUUAGUUCCCGGUUGCCGUAAACAAACAUUACCAGUGGUUUUAGAGGAAACCACAGAUUAUAUAGCUGCGAUGGAGAUGCAGAUUCGCGCCAUGACUGCUAUUCUCUCCGCCGUCAGCUCUCCGCCGCCGCCGCCGCCAGGUCAUGAAGGGGGACAAACACAUAUGCUUGGUUAGUUGGCCAAACUGUCCUUUUUUCUUUUCUUUUUCAAUUUUAAAAAACUGUUUUUCAUUAUUCUUCGCUGUAUUGUUUACUGUUUGAAUAUUUACUAUUCAACUUUCAUAUCGUCUUCAUUUUACCAUUUCAUGUAUAUCCUUUUUUCUUGAAUCUCUCUGUUACCAAAAAUAGUGCCAAAAAAAAAAAAAAAAAAAACAAGACAGUGAUUGAUCUCUGUAAUCGUAAUAAAUUUCAGUUUCUUGAUAACUGUGGGAGCACAAUUGAGCUUGUGAUUUGGUUACAAUGUUGUUAAAUCAAGAUAGCUACACAUAAUGACAAACUCGAUUUAAUGUUUUUUAAGUGUUUGGAAAAUUAAAUUUGUAUGUAUGGAGGCAAAUGCAACAACGGAAGAUAAAAUUAGCUUUUUUGUUUUGUUAUGUUUGAAGUUACGUUGGUGAUUGGAAUUGAAUUUACUUUGUUCUGAUCUGUUUUGACAUUUAUAAGAUUGUUUAUUUCUUUCCUUCUUUUGUAAAUGGUAUUGGUUUUAUUUGGUACGUGG